AUGGAUCUAAAGGUGAGAGAAAGUCAGAAAGGAACGGUCUUUGAAACACGAGGCCCCACCCACAAUGCCUCUGAGUCGUGUCUAAAAGAACUCGAUGACCAUAAGGAUGAUCCAGGCUUCAAGGGUACGUGGGCACCAGUUUCGCUACGCCUACAGACAACAAAACAGUGCCAAGCCCGUGAUCAACUUCCAAAAGGCUUCAGUAUAAUAGAGACCUAUAUCCCAUUAUACCCUACUACCCUUACUCCAAAAAUAAAAAGCAAUAAAAGAUCGCCUUUAAAUGAUAAACGGAAACACGUUUGCCGUGGUCUACGCUAUAAAAAGCGAUUCUCCCAGGCUCCACAGUUUUGCAGGUUCACGUUGUUGGCGGCUUUAUUUCACCGUCUCUACCUGCCUGUGCAGAAAGCAAUAUGGGAAGCGUCUCCGCCUCAGAGAAAGACAUCGCUAGUUCAUCAGCGGAGGCAAUCGGCCCGACGAAAUGGGCCCGCACGUACCCAACUCGGCGGUGCAGCUCAGAAACAAGGUGAGUCUGGUAUGGCAGAGUCGGUUCAUGUUUUCGAACAAAAGAUCCUGGUCAUCAUGGCCGGCGAUGAGCACCCCACAUAUUUGGCCACUCCUGUCUCGUCUCUUGGAGAAGGAUUUGAGGAGGUUUUUGGGAAAGGAGACGACAAUCGCGAAAAUUCCCAGAAAAUUGACGAGCAGGUGUGUGAUCUUGUUGCAACUUCGACUACAACUCCAUUGGAGAAUGAAGGCGCGCUCGAAAGCCGUCAAAGCAGCAACCUGUGAGAAAGCUGGCUGGAUAUUCUUUACUUUCCUUUUAGCUUAUUACUACUCGAUCGCCCUGUUAUCCGGGUUUUCUGGAUCAUAUUCAUGGCGUCCUAUGUUGAUUCGAGAAGUGUAAGCUCAAGCCGAUCGAUAUUAAUUAGAAUUCGAGAAAGUUUAUACUUUA